AUGAUCUCUGUGGAUAUGUGUGUUUUUCUCUUCCAAAAUCGGGCGUCGGGGGGAAAUUCCGUCGGUGGCGACGGCGAGGAAGAGGCCGGGGAAGGAGGGGCCUUUGAGCUGCCCUGCCUCGGGAACGCCACCACGGUCUCCCUCGACCUAGGGUUCCUCGGCCUCGCCGUGCCGCCCGCCGGCGUCUUCGCUCAGCUCACGGAGCUUUCACUGAACCGCGUCCGGUUCCACGGCCCUCUCGAGCUCGGUGACGCCGUCUCCUCGCUGCGGUGCCCAUGCUUGCAGAAGCUCAGCGUCGGUGAAGCCCGUGGGCUGGCCAAUCUCCCCAUCCACUCGGAGCCUCUCCUUCAAUUGAGUCUGCUGGCUCUGGUUGGACUGCAACAGCUCACCUUAGUGGCAAAGGCGCUCAAAAAGUUGGCAUGGGGUUCCAGCAUUACUCGCGGUCGACCUGUCGUCAAUAUUUCAACCACUCAGCUGGUUUCGCUCGUGUGGUUCGAUUCGUACGAUCCAACCUCCAUCCAGCCUUGCGGCCUGGCACAACUAAAGAAGCUGAGCUGUGCUUUCUGUGUAUAUGAUUCACAUGACUCUUGGCGCAUUCGUGGUUUUCAGCAGCUCUUGAAAGGGUUUCAGGAACCAUGUGUGUGCCCAUCUGACUGUGUUUGUGAUCAUUCAACGGACUGGAAGACUAUGGAACUCACUUUGGGCUGCCUCCAAGAAGUAGCCAUUGACAUGGAAGGGACUGAUCAUCAAGUUGCUUUUGUGAAACGACUAUUCACUUGGGCGGUGGUGCUGAAAAGGCUGGAUAUAACUUUCAAUCCUUCAAUCAGUGAAUGCAAGGUCAGAGAGUUGCAUCAAACUUUAUCAAGCUUUUCUGGGCCAGAAACACGAGUGGAGUUUUACAUGUAUGAAAGUAGUGACAGCAUGAAGUUCUACAGGAAACGAUACUGGCUUGCACCGUAA